AAUGUAUCUGGCAGCAGUUUAAGUGGGACACUUUUCGGCAGAGAAAAGGCCAGUCGGGUGCAUUGGUGAGCCUUCGCUGUCAUGCUGGUUUUGUCCCUGGGAGGAAUGGCUCAUGUUGUACACCACCCUGAUUAUGCUCAUCACUCUUAAUCACUCAUUGUUACCAAACACCCUAUUCUUUCAUCUUUUCUUUUAGACGCAUAUCUAUAUCCCCGUGCCUCCGUUUUUUUUUUUAAAGAUAGCGAUCGACUUCUUUUGCUUUCGGUCAGUCUUCAUCUCACUGAUCGUGCCACUAACAGGCAAACGACAAUCAUGGGGUUCGAUUCUUGGGAGGAAACCCACUGAGCUAACAAUGCAGCAAACGCCCGUUCGCCAGGUAGUUUAGACACACCUGUGUUGUCGCUCGUGACGGAACGUGUUCGUUCACUCGUCACCGAGCAUGUGACGACUAGAACGCCGUUGAUUGGUUCGCUGACCUUGUGGAAUGUUUGUUUACCUGUCAGAAACGUUAAAGAGUCGGAUCGAAUAAUGUGACUGUAUUAUGAUAGUAUUUGACAGUUUCAGGAUAACUUGGAUUCAACUUGUAUCACAUAAAUAAAUAGUCAACGUCUGCUGUUAUUUCCUUACUUCGGUUACUUCGUUUAGUUUGAAUAUUUCUGUGCUUGCGCAUUGUUGAGUUUCCAUUGAGGAUCGCAAAUGCCACAUCACCUAUCUGUCACCUGUGUCACCGGAACUGCAACUGGUUGUUUGGCAUUUUCCGAUUCGGAAAACAAUGUAGUUCCUUUUUCAAUAGGUUUGAAAAUUAUGUACUGAUAUAUACCACUGGGACAUUUUACCGUCAGUUUGAGAUGCUGCAUGUUUUCAACUCUCUUGUUUAAUGACUGGAUUUGAGAAACUUCUUCUGACGUGAAAUGACAAAAUAUUUAGCGACUGUCGGCAUGUGUUGCUGUCAGUAGGAAUUGCUGGUAUGUACAUUUCAAUUCGCACUUACCGGGCGAGAGCUGUCGAAAAACAGUGUUGUACAUUAACAGUGCAGUAAACCAUAUCACCAUGGACAGGUGGGUACCUAAAGGAAAUUCAGGCACCCCUGCAUUAUCGGGAGAUGGCGCAUUUGAAAGAUUCUUGACAGCAGCUAUUGCAGCAAUAAUUACCAUAAUGUUUUCCUGGCGUUUAUUAGAUGACAUGAAUGAUCAGGAUUUGCAAAGAGAAGGUCAGAGAGUGGGGAAGGUGGAUGUUCACGCUGAAGUCAAGCACACAGAAGAAAUAGAUCGUGACAGUAUCCUGAUAGAUUCAGCCGUUUCUUCAAGAAGUGAAAGCACAAAGCAGCGAAUGAUGAUAGGAAAUGAAAUCGUCAGUUUUGAAAGCAGGCAAGGAAUGACAUCAAUAAUAAACAUUGAUACUGAUACUGAUUGGGAGCGAUACCAAAGGGAAUGUGAUCAGUACUCAGAACAUGUAGAAUUAAGUGUCAAGAAACAAGGUAUUGAGAGUAGCAACAGAGGAAACCCUAUAUCUCACUCUUCAGUUUUGACAGAUAAAUGCUUGCCCAUCCACAGUGACCAUGAAUCACAAUAUCAGGAAGCCAACUCAGAUGACGAUUCUUAUUGUUGCACUUUGUUGGAGCCAAUUUUAGAAGAGGAUUCUGAUGACAUUUUUAGUGCCAGUGAUGAACAAGAGUCACAGAGAUUUUAUAUGGAGGAAGAAAUGUCUUACAUUUUACCACAGUGGAAUGUCAAACCACAAGCCAUUUAUUCUGAUAUCAAUGGAGAGUCAUCUAAACCAGAUGCUGCUGUAGAAUAUGAGAGUGAUGUUUCAGCACAUGAUGCAUCUUGUGAUACUGUGGAUGCUGCACAUUCUCAGGCUGCACUUGACAUUCCAACUGCUGAGACAAAAGUUGAUGGAGGAAGAUCCACCAUGAGGACUGCCUUGAAUAAUUCAGAAUUUCAUGAAGAUCAUUUUGUUGAGCAUGUGCAGAAUUAUGUUAAUAUCACAGAAGCAGUUUUGUGUGCAUCUGAACCUGCAACAAACGAUAUAGAGAUUUUAGUUAAAGAAAACAUCAUGGAGAAUGGUACUAAACAAUCACCAGUGCCACAUAUUUCAGAGGAUUACCAUUUACAGGAGGUUGCUAGCCAAGAAAUGAACAAUAACUUGAUAUGUCCACAGCAGCAAUGUAGUCCUAGAUUUGAUAACAGAAGUUUGAUGUCAGAUAAUGUUCAUUUGAGCAUAAGACUUUCAGAAAAGGGUGAAGAAAUAAGUGGAUGUAAUAAUGAUGACCGGAUUACUGUAACUAAGCAAAGCUUUGUGUCAAGAAAGACAAAUGAUCAGGCUGAAGAAUGUGAAAAGUUAAUUCAUGAUGGUAUUGUGUUUAAUCAAGAGACAGGAUCAUUAAUUCCAAGUGUUGAACAUUACAAUAUCAACACUAAAGACUGCACAUUGCCUCAUAGUUUGGAAGAGAGCACAGUUACUGUGCCAGGAACUUUAAGUGUUGUUUCUUCAGAUCUGACAUCAGAAGAUUUUGUUUUAAAAUCUGGUUUGCCAGUAUGUCCAGUUGGGCUGAGCAAUGACAGUAGUAAAGACACAGAAAAAAAUAAUGAUUCAGUCAAUGUACAAAAGUUUCCUGGAAGGUGUAAUCACAUUGCAUUUAACAAAGCACAUGUGUAUAAUGAUGCAGGAAUCUCAACAGCCCAAGAAAUGACACCACAUGGGUUUAUCUUUUUGCAGUGUGAAUCUGAACAAUCAAGAAGUGAACGAAGAACAUUUCUAGUGGACAAACCACUUUAUCCAGAUUUUGAUACCUUUAUAAACAGCGUUCCAUUCACAAGUGAAGGCUUUGAAGAAGUUAAUGAUUGGUCACUUGAAAAUGAUGGGUACUCUGAUUUUGUCAGAGAAUUGUCAAGGUCAGAUUCUGUUAAAGACUCUGCAUGCAGUUCUGCACUUCAGGGCAUGUGUCCAAUUCUAAGUGGGAAUUUGAUUACUCCUGUAGGUUCCAAUGCUUUCGAGUUUCCAAAACAUUUGGUGUCGUCUGAAGCUACUGAGAAUACAGUUACAGCUGAAUCAGAAGCAUCUGAGAUGAAGGAUGAAAUUACAUCUGAUAUUAGUUCAGAUAGAAGCUUAGUAAUGAGAAGUGACACUUUACUGCUGAGCAAUUCACAUCUAAAAGAAAGAAAUGCUCAAUACCUUGAUUCUUCAUUCACUGAGGACAGAUUGGUUAACAAUGAUGGAAGGGCAUCACAAUUUGCUUAUUUACAAGAUGGGGAUGUUUUACAGUUUGGACCAAUGAAAAGUGAGACUUCUACAGCAGAAAAGAUAGACCUGUCAGCAAAAUAUGAAGGCAGUCUUCUAAAGUCUGAUGUUUUGUUACAGGAUCAAGAACACAGUCUGUUUGAAAAUCGUACCAUUUUAUUAGCGGGUCCAGAAGUUAGGUGCAUGCUUGAUUCUGAAAACGAAAAUUUACAGGUGCCAAAAGCAGAAAAAACUGUGCAGGUGGACUCGGCUACUUCUAAACAUUCAUGUUUUGAAAACAAAAUGUCCUUUGAUGACAGCAAAGAUGGAGCACCUCAUGACGAUAAAAGCAGAAAUUCAUCUGUUUUACAAUUUGGACCAAUGAAAAGUGAGACUUCUACAGCAGAAAAGAUAGACCUGUCAACAAAAUAUGAAGGCAGUCUUCUAAAGUCUGAUGUUUUGUUACAGGAUCAAGAACACAGUCUGUUUGAAAAUCGUACCAUUUUAUUAGCGGGUCCAGAAGUUAGGUGCAUGCUUGAUUCUGAAAACGAAAAUUUACAGGUGCCAAAAGCAGAAAAAACUGUGCAGGUGGACUCGGCUACUUCUAAACAUUCAUGUUUUGAUAACAAAAUGUCCCUUGAUGACAGCAAAGAUGGAGCAUUUCAUGAUGAUGAAAGUAGAAAUUCAUCAUCUGAUGAUGAUGAGGAUGAUGAUGAUGAUGAUGAUGAUGAUGAUGAUGAUGAUGAUGAUGAAAUAUCUGAUGAAAAUAUUUCAUGUAGUGAAAUGGAAAGCGUUGAAGAAAACCAUGAAGAAGAAUUACACCAGCAUGCUUACAAGCAUAGCUAUGGUGAAAAGCGGCCACGCAGUUUGAAAGAAAUACGACGUAAACAAGCUCAACAAAAAUCAUUUAUGUCAGAAGUGCAGCAGAACCAGCCCUUUAGAUCAUUUAUUGGCCAUUUUACUAUACCAGACCACUUGAUUACACCUACCAAAGUGAAAAUAAUGGCAUCAAGGAAAAAAUUUCUCAGCGCAGAAAAUUUGAAUGAAUCAUGUAGUACUGAUUCAGUUCAAAAACAGUUUGACCUUCACAAAAUGCCAAAGCAAGAGUCUCGAGAAAGACUGUACAAAUCACCUAAACGAUUGUACAAAACGCAGUUCAACAGUCAGGAUCAGAUUGAAAAAUUACAGAAUUUAAUCAACUUCUCCAGACAAUCAGAAAUGUCCUUGAAACGAGCUCCCAUUCAUCAUCUUCAUGAAAACUGUAUUUUUUCACCACAGGGCCGUAGAGACCUCUUGAAUAAAACAUUGUCAAUAGAAAAUAUGCAGUUACCUUUCUCAGAAGAGUCAUGCAAGUGUGUUUCCCUGCCGUCCCUGAUCUGCACUGAUGUUAGUGGUUUUGACACGUCAGAUGGCAGGUUGUUUUGCCAAACUAAUGAUGAUGUAAAUGCUUGCUUGUUUCAGCAGCAACCUCUUGAAAGGUCAGCCAGCAUGUCUCAUCUGCAGUCUGGCAGCAUGUUGACUAGCAAUGAAGGGAUCCUGACUUCUUCAUCAAAAAAGGUGGGAAAGGGAAGAUUUGCUCACCAUCAGCACAAAAAAUCGAAGAGUCUUUGCACGCUUGAGACAAAUAUAGAUGAUGUUGAUACAGAAAAUACAGGAAAUCUCAUGCGUGUACCUUCAGUGCAUGAACUUCGUGUUUCUAAGUCCUUGCAGAAACUGAAUGUACCUGAUUGGUUCAAACAGUCUUCUUUGUCCAAGAGUAGUAGUUGUUUACUGAAGUAUGGCUCCAACUCCACAAUGAACUCUUUUUCAUUUUCACCAAGUCUAGUCUCCUCACCGUGUGCAUCCACAGCCCCACCAGCUUCAAAUAUAGUAAUAAAAAGUCGAGUUUUGCCACCAAGCUCCGCAUGUCAUUUACGUUCUCCUAGAUCUUUGACAACUGGUGUCAGUGAUUCAAAAUUACCUGCUCCAUCUGUGAAGCUACCUAGUGAGAAGUUCCGUGAUAAGGAAAAAUCAAAGUCUUUGAUGCCCAUUCCUAUUGUCCCAUUUGCUCAGAUACGAGCUAUGUUUGAAGGUAAAUCCAAAAAGCAGCAAGACAUUCAGCAUGACACAGCUAAGCAAGCAGUUGCAGAACUUCCUACAGUCAACAUAACUGAUGUAGGAACAGAAAAUGCACGAUCACAAAAUUCUCUGAAAACAUUAAGUACUGCUUCUGAAAAGAGGCUUUAUAAAAAUGAUUCUGUAUCCAAUUCAUUAGUAUCAGAAAAAGAGGGGUUCGAUCAAAAGCAAACAGCAAAUUUACAGAGUGAAGGCCAAGGACUUCAAACAGAAAGGAGAAAAACUGGAGCAGAUCUUCAAUCAUCAUCUCCAUCUACGAUUCAAGAUAAUAUCAUCAAUGGUAAACAUACUGCACAAAAACCAGAUCUUUUUCAGGAAGCACAAGCUGAAAGACAUCAAGAAAAGGACCCAAAAGCACACAGCUCAAUGAAAUCAUUUAAACAGCUUUUGGGACUUUCAAAAGACAACAGUUUCGACAAUCAGCAGCAAAAACAUCACACUGGUUUUAAGUUGCAUAAAAGUACUGUGUAUGAGUCAGAACCUAGGAGACUUGGUGUAACUCCGAUUUCAUUUUCUUCUGAAGCCAGACAAGAGGCACAGUUUAUCACACAGACUUCAAAUAGUGAUAUGAAGUCAAAGACUUUAGUGAUAGAAGCAUCUAACAUUUCCCAAUCAGAUGCAUCUAUGUCAACAAAAAGUGCUGUAACACCAGCUAAAGAAUCCUCCCACAUUGGUAAAAAUCCUAAAGGAAUCUCAUCAAGUAUCUACAAUUUUCCUGGAAGCCCUCCUUUGCAAGGUAGUGUUCAGCCAGAGCCCUUGCAUGGAGGGAAGUCAAGUUCUCACAGUACUGCUGCUGUUGCCCAUCUAGAUCCAAAGACAACUGCAGCAAGGAGCUUGAAAGAAACAACUGUAUGACAGACCUGACUUUCUGAACUCUGUUGCUGCUUCUGGAUGGGAAAUCAUCGGUUCCAUAUGACAUGUUUUUAAUCAUUUUUAUAGUCUCUAAACAUUUGUUGUAUUCCCAGGACUCUUACCUAGAAAUGACCUCUAAUUUUCAUUAGAUUUUGGUUGUAGUCAAGCUUUUUUUUUAUUACAAAGCUUAUGGUUUGAAAAAGAACCCAACACAGUAGUAAGGUGAGAUAUGUGGGCAGGAUUUUCAGUUUUGACUUCUGCUCAUAUAAAAUCAUAAAUUCCAGGAUUGCUACACUUUGUUGCAAUUAGGCUUAGUGCUUAUUACCUUCCACCUAAACUGUAAACUGUCAAUCUCAUGUCUUAUAGCAGUUGAGCAUGUUUGCUCUGUCCACUGGUGCAGAAUGUGUCUCUGCCAUCAUUAUAUCAUUACCUGUGGCUUUGUCUUUUUUUUGGACUUUGUUAAUGAUUUUAGGGAUCAGGUGCUAUGCAAAUGAAGGCAGCCUUUUAAGAACAAGCAACAAGAUAAAAUCAGUUACCUCCCUUUAAAGAUCCAUUUUGUUGUUUUUGAAACUGUAAUUUGACCGCUAACAUCAUGAACUUUGAGCAUAUAAUUUGGGUUCAAGUACUUUUGGGGUUAUACUUAGAGAAAUUAAAAAAAAAAUUAUUGCCAGAAAUGGUCCAUUUGCCUUUCUUGGAAAUUAUGCAUGUUACAUUCACCAGCAAUGGGAGUGACCUCUUCUGGUUUUGAAUUUGUCUUAUCACUAUGUGUGUGGUAUCCAAGUGAUAUUGAUACUUGCUACAGAAAUAAUUGUAUAAAUAUUUGUAAACAAAACCAUAAUUUGUUUCAAAUGCCCGACUUCUUUAAUGAGAGUUUUAAAUGUGGAUGGGCACCUCUUUCAGCUAACUGUGAUGUUUCAUUAACAUCAGCCUUACCUUUCACUUUCAGAGUUCUUUGAUCUAAAAAAAAUGUCAAUUUAUUAUUUAUUAAUUUCCUAUUGUUCAGAUAAAAAAAGCCUUAGUUCUCAUUCUUAAGUUGUAACAAAUAAUGUUUUGAUUAAACUGAACAGAGAAUGACUUUGACACAUUAUGUUAACCUGCAGGCACAUUAACUAUUUUAUAGGCAAAGCUUACCAGGCAUUACUACUUUUUCACAAAUCUAAGCAAGGCAGAUUUUAUUUAGAAGUGCGUGUGUUAUAUUCAGUUUGUUUUCCAGUUAUCCCUAUGAAUGCUCGACCCAAUAGUGACGCACCUGUAACAGAUAUAAUGUCUUAGUUAAAUUCUAAAGCAGCUUGAUAUAAAAUAAAAAAACAGAAAGGAAGAACUAAAUUUAGUAGAUAAGCAACAAUAUUAAACAUUAAAUGAUCAAUACUACUACUGGCUGGACAUUAAGAAUCAAUAGAUGUACUAAGUACAAAUAAGACAUUUAAAAGUUAUGUUUUUGUAAUUUCCGAUGUAUGUCUGCCACAGUUUUUAUGUCUUAUUACCAAUGACACAUUAGACACAUUUGCACACUUACAUCAUCCACUUUUUUCUGAAAAAGCUUACAUUUUAUUUGCUUUUGUUUGUGAGUCAUUAAUAUUUUGCAGUUACACCAUUAAAUUUUGUUUUUUGGAAAAAGUUCACUAUCACAUCUCAUCCAAACUCCACAUACUGACUUCUGCAAAAUAAAAAAAAACCUCAUGUAAAUAAAUAUUUGUUUAUCAAUAGAUUCAUAAUUAAACAGAAAAUUACUAAAUAAAAAGGAAUUCCUAACACAUUUUUUCAAACUGAUAUUUGGUGCACUCCCAGAUGUUCUUUAUUAUCAAGAUUAUAUUUUAAUUAUCAAACACUUGUACCCACAUUAGCAUUCUGACUUUGUGACAUUUUAGAACUAUUCGACUCUACUUUUCUAAAUGAAAUACAAAUUUCCACAAUCUUCUGACAAGAUCGAUCAAAACUGUCAGUCCCCAAAUGUUACUGUGCACAGCUUUUGUGCACCUCAGUACAAAAAAGUCCAUAGAUUUUCUCAUUGAUUUACAAUGUUCAAAUUUCACAGAAUGGUAUUUAACGGAGUUUUGAUGAAAUGCAAUAUUUCUAAUUUAUACACAAUUUUUGGUGCUACAUUGUAGUGGGGUUUAUAAUCAAUUUGAAAUUCUUUUACUUAGAAGAAGUGGUUGUGCUAAAAAGGGAAGAAACUACUGCAUUCAAAGCACUGUGAAUGUUCUGAUCAGUUACAAAGAGCUCUAUGCUAAGAUCAUAAAUAUGAUUAUAUGUUGAAAUCCCCUAACAGUGUGACAACUUUCACAUUUGUUGUAACUAAAAAUGAGAUGAUUUAAGAGAAGCCUUUCAUGAUAUAUUUACUAUCAUUUUUCCUUUUUUACUAUCACUUUAUUUACUAUCAGUUUUCAUUUUUUAGAAGUCAUAAACUUUGUUGAUUAACACUUUUGUUGCAUCAUAGACGUGUGUAGGUGGAUUUCUGUCUGCCAAGAUCAACGCUAAGCCUCUUGCAAAAUUCACCGCUGUUAGUCUCGGCAAGCCUAAACAAUGAAUGUGACUAAAUCAGAAGCUUUGUACACACCUUUCUCAUUUUAGUAGUUAACUGGAAAAAAAAAAUCAUCUGCCAGCAGUCAAGUAAUACAAGUUUGUGGCUUCAUUGUUAAACCUUACCCUAUUUGUGACUUUUGUUUAAUGCAGGCCAGAAUUCUCGGUCAAAAACACCCUUGUGCAAUACUUUUGGUACUAUUGAUUCUGUCAAAAGAGUUUUCAUGAACUAGAAUGGCAAAAUUAUUGUUAAGCAUAAUAAAAAUCUGCUAUAUUACUGUUGUACAAUGUGAAAAAUAACAAGAAGCCUUGACUACAAGUGGUGUAGCUUGAAAGUGCUGAGCCAUGUAUGUCCAGCACAUAUCAGGUUAGCUGGAUGAGUGGUCAGUCUCAGAGAAUGUCAUGGUCCUCCCUUCUUCCCUUUGUCUUUAUUUUUUUUUUAAAGUUCAUCUAGUAGAUUCAAGUUACGUGGAAUUAACUGAUGUUUGUUUGGGAAGACUCUUCUCUUUAAGCGUUUCUUGCUGAGCAGUGGAUAUUUUUGGACAAUAUGUUCCAGUAAACCAUAGAAUUAAAAGAAAAAAUACAAAAUGAGAUUAUAACAAAUAUAAUUUUCCUUACUUUGGCUAAGGGACAGAGAUCUCAGUUUAUUAGAACCAACUAGAUACAUGUUACUAUGCUAAAAUUUAUCAAAGUGAUUGAAAGAUAUUGCCAGGCAACCCAAGAGUUGCUUUUUAACCAAAUUAAAAAAAAUCAGUUUCUUUAGUUAUUGAAUUCUGUGAAAGUGUGUUGUCUUAUAGCAGAAAUUUAUUGCAAAAAAAGCAGCUGCUAAUUAAAAUGAAUGGUGCUAAGAUUGCUUUUUCUUGGUAAACAUUUGUGUGCCAUUGUUGGAUAUUAAGGAAACAAUUUUCUUUUGUAGUUUUUUCUUUUGAGUGUCACAUUUACUUUGAAAUAUCUCUUGUAGUUUCACAAUUUCAUAGGUGAACAGUUUUUUAAAAGACUGGUAAUUUAUACAUUUAACAGGUACAGCUUGUUGAUGCAAAAGUAGUUGGUGUGCUACACUCAGCAACACACUAUAAAUCUAUCAAUAAUUAAUCUUUAAAAAUUGCAAAAAAGUGUGUGGAUCUUUUAGGUAAACUCAUCUUAAUAGUGAACAUAGUCUGAAUACUAUACCUUGUUUUUUUGUGACUCAGAAGUAUGUAACUAUAAUACUGCAUAUCAUUUUCUCUUAUGAUUAAUAGUACAGAGAAAAUAAAGGUUGUGUUUUGCCACUAGAUCUAGUAUGUUUUAGAUUUUUCGAUUUUACCACAGAAAGUGCCUUCUUUUUACAGAAUAGGUUUUGUGUGGCAAUAUUGUGACCUGAUAAGACUUAUGUGAAGGUCUUAUCCAUCUCUGUCUGUCUUUCGUCAGCAAAUGGGAAUAUAUACUGGAUGUACUCAGGAAGAUGCAUGUAUGCAAGUGCGGGUGGGUUAUGCAAUAAAGUAGGUGCUCUCUUUAUAAGUUAGUAGUUUGUAAUUGAGAAUAAUGUUGAGACUUAUAUGCAUAUCUGUAAAAUAGUUUCAUCUGGAUUUUUAAUAAACCCCUGUUUUGCACAGAUUUAUCACCAAUUUGUUAAUGUUUUCCCUUUUAUUAAAAGAUUAUGAUAUACAAACACUAUAUAUACUACAGAGCAUACAGAUGGUAUUAUGUGAUGUAUCAUGCACAUAAAAGCACUUUAUAUUUUAAACACUUCAGAUUGUUAAACUUUGUUUUGGAACAUUUUUACCUUCAUUUAUACUAGGUUCCAGAACAUUGUAUUCAUACUCAACAGGUGUGCUGAUGCAUCCAUUAUAGGACAAUGGAUGAUAUACUUUUUUUAUAGCAAAACCAGUGGUUAUUAAUGCAUCGUUACAGCUUUGGUAUCUCACUUUUGAAAUUAUGAUUCAUUCAACUUGAGCAAUAUUGUUUGUUAUAAAAGAAAAUUAAUAUUGACAAGUUCAUCUAUGAUCAUAAUGGUGGAAGUUCAUUUAGAUAGAGAUUAUUGUAUGCUGAGCUUUUUACUAUGUACAUUCUGUGUCAGAUAUAAAUUUUGUAGUAUUAGUGCAUAUUUUUUCCUUGUGUUAAGGCUUUAAGAUUUACAUAUAUAUCUUUACAAAGAAAAUACUAAAAAAAGUUCGCUUGUGUUGCACAAGCUGAGCUUUGUGCAUCACAUGAUCCCUAAUACAGCCACAGUCAAUGAUGUAAAUAAAGAACAAUAUAAAGACUCGACAAUGAUAAUUUAAAAGUAGUCAUCAAAGCCUUUUUCUGCUCCCAUCAAAUUUACAUGUUACUUUCAAUUUAGUAUAGUAAUUGAAGUGAUAAGAUAAAGGGUAAUCUUCAUAUGGAGGAGGAAUUUUAUUAUGCACAAUUCUUGACUUAUAACUGAAACAUAUCUUCUGUCUUUUUAAUAAAUGUAUAUGCUAUUUAAAAAAUUUCUCACUGUUGAGCAUAUCUGUGUAUAAUAGGCAGUGAUUUUUACACAUUAUCCAUGCAAAAGGGGACAGAAUUUCAUGUCACUAGGUGAACCAUUUUAAUUAGAAAUUAGAGUUGCAUGCCGUAAAAUGGAUGAAGCUAUGUGUUUUGGAAAGAUUUUAAAGUUACCAAAUGUUUCUUUAUUUUUGACAUGUAUCAAGAAAGCUCACGUAUACAUUGAUAGCUUUUGAGGGUCUUUGAACCUUGAAACUCCUGAACAAGUUUGAGAUCUGCUAGAAACGAUUUGAAUAAUUUCGGAAUUUGAUGUGGAGAAUUUGUAAGAAGUUAUGGUGAGCACAUGGCUGACAAAGUUGGUGAUGGUGAGCAGAAAAAAUUUUUUUUUAGUUAUAUUCUGAUUUUUUAAAACACUCAAAGUUCAUGCAUAGCUAGAUGACUAUAUAAAUACCAGGAUCCUGGUUUUGACGUGUUAAUAAUGAAGAGGAAAAAAAAGUAGGAAAUAGUUAAAACCACUAGUCAGCAGUACUGAUACUAAUGGCACUAUAAUGUUCAGGAGCAUUCCUAAGUUGUCAAGAUAUAGUACAUAUAUGAUGAAGUUCUGCUUAACUUCUCUGAGUUUUUUGGCUAAAUUGCUGUGGAUAUCCCCUCAUUUGUUUUCCAUUCACUACACAGAUCUCUUUGUUCCAAUUGCUUGAGCUGUGUAUUGUAUUCCAAACAACUUUAGGAGGGCUUACGCCAUGAGAGAAAUAGAUGGAGUUACAGAAAUUACAGCAUGUUGGAAAAUGAGAACUUGAAAUCAAGUCACUUGACUUUAAGAUAGCAGAUGAUCAAUGAUUGCUGAUGCAAGCACAGUAAUUCUCUAUUUAAAAAUGGAUGUGGUUCUCAUUUAAAAUGUGGUUUCAAGUAUUCAUGUAAACUCCGUCCUGAAGUGGACUCUUGCACAAGAACGGGACUAAAUUUUAAUCCAAAGGAUACCAAUCUGUUUUGUGUGCUCUACAGUGAUUGAGUUUCAGUAGCAAAAUAAUUGUGUACAAGUGGCAUUGGGGAGGUAACAUGAUUGAAAAAAAAAAAAGAUUCAAAAGAAAGAGGAAGUCAGAUAAUUUUCACUUGUCGAUGGACAUUUAACAAGUUAUGGGAAAUUUUCAUGUUAACUUCAUGUGACAAUUUACUGAUGAAAUGACACCACCAUAUGAUAUGAAUAGUUUCCAUGGCACCAUAAGCCAUUCAAAAAUUUAUCUCUCCAUUCCUUCUUCCUGACUGAGAGCAGUUGGAACAAAGUUAGCUUACAUCACCUUGUGUUUUACUUUUUGUUCAUUUUGGAUUGGGACUUGCUCUUUUGUAAAAUGCACUGAGCUCGCCUUCACAGGAGGCAGUGUGCUACAAAAGUGCAUUAUUAUUAUUAAAGCAUGUACCUGUGAGUAUUGAUGUAUAUAUGCUGUCUUGUUUAGCCUGUUUUCAGCCUUUGUUCCCCUCAUAUUUUAAGCAGUGUUUGUGAUUGAACAGAAUAUGAAACUGUCACCCAUUGAAAACUUUGCACAUAAAAUAGGGUACUAGUUCUGUGGAAAGUUCAUCAGAAUAUACAACUGAAACUGUGGACUGUGUUCAUUGUUUUAAAAUAAGAACAUAUUUCAUAAGUUGUAGUUAUGAACAUCAGGCAUUGUCCAUGAUUUUUUUCAUAUGUCUAAAGUGAUGGGUGGUCACAAAGUCAAAUAACAUCAAAUACAGCAUGAGUUAUCAUCAUGAACAUUUUGUAGAAAAAGUUAAUUUGUUGUAUUUUUAGAUGGGUAUUUUGCUGCUGUGUUUUUGUUGUUCUUUAUGUUAAAUAUAUUAACACUUUACACUUUUCAAGUGGGAGCUUUAUGGCCAUCUUAUAGAUUUAAGUGAAAGAAUCUGGAAGCAGCCAUGAACAAUAAGCCGAUGACCUGUCCAUACUGUUUCUGCAUUCUUGUGCAAACACUAACAUAGAGGUACUUUCAUCUUGCUGCACAGAACAUAUUUCACAGAAACAUUAAAAUCAUGAAGGAAUUUUCUUUACCUGAAGAAUUUUAAAUCAAAAAUGAAAUUUCUUGAAGUAUCUUAAAUGUUUUAAGCUAAAUAUUGAAUCCAGAUACCCCACCCCCUCUUUUUUUUUCCUUAAAGGAGGAAUUAAAAAAAAACAACUUAGGAUAACAGUAGUGACAGUUUUCAGUGACCCUGCCUGUAGGAAAGAGUAUGAAUUGUAGGCACAAAGAGAAAUGUAUAAUCUGCAUGCAGAUUCAUUCCCAUCAGAGUAAAUGUCACUCAAGUGAUUUGUCUUUGUCAACUCUAUAUCAACUUUGAACUUUCAUGUUUUAUGCACAUUAGAUUUCAAACACCGCUAUGUGCCAUUUAAUGUGAGAGUUUACAGCAUGCUUACUGGAAAUUAAACUAAAUUUUCAAAUAAUCCUUAUCUUUGGUUUGAUACAAAUACUGUUUUGAAAAUGUGAUAUUUGCAAUUUAUUAGUGAUAUUUUACAUAAAUGAUGUUGUGAAAGAAAAAAUUCUGUAAAAUGUAAUAUUAGAAUUAGAGCCACAUCUAUGGUGCAACCUACUUGGAGUGUGAAUAAAGACUAUAAAAG